AUGGAGCAAGAAAUCAUAGAGGCAGCGGCGCCUAUACAACAAGACAUACUAGAAUCCAUUUUUUCAUUUGUUCCAUUAAUCGACCUAGCACCGGCAACUCAUGUUUCAAAUGAAUGGAAACUCGCCGUUUCAUCUUCUCUUCUCUAUAUCAACACAUCAAAACCCUGGUUUUUCUUCCACCAACAAAACAUCUUUUCACCCAAUAUCAUAUCCAGUCAAGCCUACGACACACGUUCCAAACUCUGGAUGCAAAUUAAACAACCUACCCCUCCGUCAAACGUCUCCGGAACCCUCCAUUCAUCUCAUUCUAAUCUCCUCUACAUGCUAUCCCCAUCAAAGUUCACCUUCUCCAUCGAUCCAUUUAAUCUUAAUUGGCAUCAUUCCAACAACGCCCCAUUCGCAUGCAGACACGACUCAAUCAUAGCCUUAGUCGGUGGGAAGAUAUUCGUUGCCGGAGGUGGCACCAACUUCUACGACGAUGUUAUCGAUCCUCUCGCCGUAGAGAUCUAUGAUAUGAACACGGGUUUGAUGGAAUCAGGUGAGUCGAUGCCGGGGGUUUUCAAUGCAUCUGCAGCGUCAACUUGGCUAUCAGUGGCUACUGAUGGUAGGGUUUUGUAUGUGAUGGAUAAAGAAUCUGGUUUGAUGCAUGGUUUUGAUUCGGAAUCUAAGAGAUGGUCGGAUCCGUAUGAACUUUGCCUUGUUCCAAAUGGGUUUAAUUCUAUAAUUACUUUUACUAAUGGACGUUUAAUUGUAAUUCAAUUAAUCGGUGAAAGAGACAACCUUACAAGUUUGAAGAUAAGGUCUGUUAAUACAGAAACUUAUGAGAUUGAAGAACUUGGCGAGAUGCCAAAAGCUAUGUUUGGGAGAUUGAAGGAGGAGAGUUUUCAAAUAUCCUCGAUUAAUGCAUGUUCCGCGGGAAAUUGGAUUUAUUUAUAUAAUCCAAGUGAGAUUGGUGAUAUUUAUAUUUGUGAGAUGUUGAAUGGAGGAUGUAGGUGGACUCUUGAAAAAAUUCCUCUUGAGAAUGGUCGGAGUUGGAGGACUGUGGCGGUUACGUGCAAGGAGGUUGGGAUAGAUGAAGUGGAUGAGGCUUUGAGGUCGGGGAAAUGGACAUGCAAGCCCGUAAGAUGA